AUGAAACACACUCGCUUACUUCGCCAAUGGCGCAGACUGAAUUCUCUGCCGACAAAGGAUGGUGCUGCGUCAAGGUUCCCUGAUGAUGACGAUGCAGCCAGUGAACGUGAAGACCUGGACCGAACUCAUGUGGAUGCAGUGGUGAUUACGCAUUUAGCCAAUUUUUUAUUCCAGAAAAAUCACCCUGAGUCUGCGAAAUCUGCUCCGCAAUUAACUGAAGACGAAACGCCAAUAGAAACAGCUUUCGUGGACGCAAUCCGGGAACGUCGACGAAGUAGCGUGCCUCCGAUUGCCGAUGGUAUCCUAACUCCACCAACUCCACCGCCAACCACCCCUGCCCAAUCUGGUGCCACAAGAGCUGUGCCGGAGUUCUACGAUCAUUCGCGGCAUCCGAGCAUACGUCUUAAAGCCCCUAGUGCCAAGAAGAAGAAGAUGACCCUGCUACGAGUGGAACAAGCCGAUGUCCAAGUGGAACUGCUCAAUGGUCAGCGUAUUGAGGUGAGUUACGUGCAACCGAGCAUUUUGGGAAGAAACAGGAACUGA